CCCCGUCACACACACUCUGAGCACCCCAAAGUCCUUCUCUUCUCUCCCCCCUCCCAAAAGCCCAAGGAGUCGCUGCCGAUUGGCUAUAUGUCCUCCGUCAGGCGCCUGUGCAGUGAUAGCGCGAUCCCACGAGAGCCAAGGGAGGCAGGGAGCAAGGAUGGUUGGAGUUGGGACUGCCAACUUGGGAGGCCGCUAUCCUGGACCGAUGCUGGCGUCUCUCUUGGCAAGACUCUUGUGCGCGCCAACUCGUUCUGGCGCCGGUCGACAAGGGUCUCGCCCGCCCCAGAGUCCCUUUACAGGCUGUCCAUCGCCCGUGGCCCCAUCGCCGAACGGGCUGGGCGACGACUUGAUCACUGAGGGCGCGACAUGUGGUACCGCCGGGCCCCUAUCAAACGGCAACGGGGCUGGGUUGGGCCUUGACUUUGGUUCCAGCCAGGGUGUGACGAGUCUCAGCUGGCAAGACGGUCAACACUCAUCGUCGUUAGCAGAAGCCGUGAGAGGCUGGGAUUCGCCGGUGAGACGGACGGAAGUCACUGAAGCGGCCCGGAGAUCGCUGCUUGGCUGUCGAUCCUCCCUGCCUGCCAGCCCCGAUGUCCGGGCUUCCUCUUUUCUCUGUCUCGUCUCAGUCCGAGUCUCAUUCGCAGUCUCAGGUGCAGCUGCGAAUUCCCUCCCUACAUCAUCAUACAUGCGCCUUUACGCAAUGUCUGUCUGCCCAACAAGCCCUGGACUGGACUAUCGACUAGAGCGAACCUCCCCGACUGACCGACUAAACUACUCUACUACCCGCUCGCCCAAGCCCCAUCACCAGACCUGAAAGAAAGGUUCGCCCACAGCCACUUCCCCCACGCGCUGUGGCUCAGGCGCUCCGUUUCAGCUGCUAUUGUUGGCGACGACGGGGAUUCUCCAUCUGCAUCGACCAGACAAUUCCUCUCCAUUUCCGUACCACGUAAUUCCAGUUCAGGUUCGUCCCGGAUCCGCGGAGACGCGUCCAGGGUCUGCUCCAUUGCCACGAGCAAUUAAAACCUCGUCAACCGCUGUGGCGCGGUUCCUCUCCCGCUUCCUAGUCCCGGCGUUCCGGCCGCGGAUGCAUUGACACGACACAAGACAUCAGCAGUGAGCGGCGAUUAGAAGACGCCGCGAGGGAGCCUAUCGCGACCGGGCCCACUCAGUCUUACGAUGCGGUGAUGUGCCAUUGUCCAUUCCAGGUAGUCAUUGAGAUAUCACACUCAUCACCGUCGAUGCCGUCAUGUGGAGUUGCCUUGUGCGCACAGCGGCAAAAAAACACCACCAAU